AUGAUGGAGCACAUCCCGGCCUCCUUAUCUCUGGUUCCUCCGACGUCGACUCUGAGCACAAAUGUCGACUACCGGCUGGAGAUUACAGAAGCGGACGACGAGGUCAUCAAGGUAGAAUAUCCAGCUGCCGAUAACAGACAACUGGUUCGCCAGUACAGCCUGACGGAGGCGCAUUUUAUCCUCGAAUAUCCAUUUGAGCGACGGUAUCCGUUCAACGAUUUUCGCCAAGAGACCCUCAGGAGAACAGACCAUGCCACCGAAGCAACAACAAACCGCAGUCGCCACUCGGCCUCGACCUCGACCGGCUCGUCCAGCGAGAAGACGAGCGUCUUUGCGGACCUUGAUCAGCGAAUCGCCAGGUCUAUGCAAGCGGAUCCCUCUUUGGGUUCUGCCGAGGCAGUAAUUCGGACGCUUCACUCGCUGCCUGGAGGACCACGGGCGUUGGUCUAUGGUUUUGACUCUGUUUUGGGCGGAGCGGACGGCGAGAAUGCCGCGAGGUCAUUUCGAUGCCCGUUUGAAAUUAUCCACCCCCAGGUUCAGCGAUCACCAAGCUGCAAAGAACCAAUUCUGUACUCUUCUGCCCAGCUCUGGAAACACCUCAAGCGAUAUCAUCGGUCUUAUGAAUGCGACAUCUGUCUCGAGGACUGCCGCGACAGCAAAGGCAUCAAGAGCCACGUCGGCCGAGGAUGCAUCCCAACAACCCGCCCACCCCAUGGGGUCCCGUUCAUGCAGGUUCAGGAUGUCGAAGAAGUUCUGGACCCUGACAUUGGGGACAGCAGUGAUGAAGAGAGAUGGAAUAGCAUGUGGGACACAAUCUUCCCGACUUUGCGGAACCGACCUAGUCCAUACUUUAAUGUUCCUGUGGUGGCCACAGACUCCGACUUUGACGGCGACCUCAUGCGGCUCCAGGUGAUAUUUGCAUCCAUGAUCGACAGCGAUGCGGGCGACAGAGACACGAUCGAUAGCUGCGAUAAUGACACGAUCGUGGCAAAGACAAGGGCGAAACGCUACCUCCGGGCGGCAAUUCAAGCGUUUCUGGGUCGCCAACUCGAGCCCUGGGCGGGGUUACUCACGGAACCGAGAGUCGACGUCGACAGCAGCGACAUUUCCAGCGGGCCUGGUCCGAGUGCACGCAGUUUUCUUGGAAUGAUGGGCGAUGACGGGCGCUACUAA